AGUUUGGGCUCGUGGGAUUGUUGCACAUGGCUGACCCGCGCUCAGCUGAAAGGACCGACCAUGUUUAGAUCACCGCUCGCUCGGCUUUUGGGGACUGGGGUUGCUUUUUCUGCAGCCACAACUUUCAGCGUCUCAGCUAGAGCGCAGUCCACGUUGCCCAAGGUGUACUUUGAUGUGGAGGCGAAUGGCAAGCCCCUGGGCCGGGUGGUCAUGGAGCUAAGAUCUGACGUGGUCCCCAAGACGGCAGAAAACUUCCGUCAGUUGUGUACUGGAGAGCAAGGUUUUGGAUUCAAGGGGUCCAUCUUCCACCGCAUCAUCCCAGGCUUCAUGUGUCAGGGUGGAGAUUUCACACAUGGCAAUGGAACAGGUGGAAAAUCAAUAUAUGGAACAAAAUUUAGAGAUGAAAACUUUGAGCUGACACACACCGGACCAGGCCUUUUGUCUAUGGCAAAUGCAGGACCCAAUACAAAUGGUUCACAGUUUUUCCUCACCACUGUACCCUGUCCGUGGCUGGAUGGGAAGCACGUAGUGUUUGGUAAAGUGGUUGAGGGCAUGGAUGUUGUGAAGGCAAUAGAAAAUCUUGGUUCCCGUUCAGGACGUCCAUCUAAAAAGGUUGUCAUUUCAGAUUGUGAUGAAGUAAAAAAAUGAAUUGAACACUGUACAAAAUGAAUUAAUGAACUUUGCAUAUGUCAUGUUCUCUAUGUACUACUAUAAACUAAUGUAAGACAAUGUGAUAUUGCAAGAAAACCAAUGAUAUGAAGUGGAUGUGUAAUUCUGUUCACUUUUCGUAAUACAUGUCCAUGUACAAAUUAGUGGGUUUCACUCCCACUCUUGUGCCAGGCUAGGUCAAUUUGGUAAUAGUCUCCAUUUUGAUUAUUGCUAUAAUGAGGAUAGUUAUGUGGUGUAAAGCUGAAGAGAAUGACUUUGCAGACCUGGCAAUUAGGUAUACAAGAAAUUGUAGUGAUGCACAUAACGAUGAAAACAAAGACAUUGUUACAUCAAUUUUAAGUUAAUUAAUAUGUCAAUGUAUAAGAAAAUACAUUUGUAAACAUUAACAUCUGUAUAUACAUAAAUAUAUAUAUAUAUAUAUAUAUAUACAAUAUAGGGAUCAAUGAAAA